CUUCAUUCAAAGAUUUAUAAUGCUCAAAGGCACUAAGAAUACACUCCAAAAACUCAAGGAUUCUGUAAACAGCGGAAACUAUUAUGAGUCUCACCAGAUGUACCGCACUGUGGCACGCAGAUAUAAUAAGCAGCAGAAACAUCAACAUGCCAUUCAACUGCUGCAUGAUGGAGCUGUGUCAUUGAUGACACAUAAACAGAGUGCAUCUGGCUCUGAUUUGGCCAAUUAUAUGCUUGAGACCUAUAAUACUGCAAAUAUACCUGUGGAUGAUGUAUCACUUGAUCGCGUGGUAGAAAUUUUGGGUCUUUAUCCUCCCAAUGAACCUGGGCGUAAAUCGUUUAUCAACAAUGCCUUUAGCUGGACUCAAAAGCACGGCCAGUACCCAGAAGGAGACCCUGAACUUCAUGACUAUGUUGGAACUAUGUUCUUCAAUGAGGGUCGUUAUGCUCCUGCAGAGGAACAUCUUUUGGUGGGCACAGAUCACAGUGCUGAGUUGUUGGGUAAAUUGGCCUAUGACUGGGCAGUAGAGGAAGGUUCACAAAGCCAGGGAUUGUAUAUUGCUCGUGGUGCCUUACAGUAUCUCGCCAUGAAGAAUAUCCAUCAUGCUACUCUCGCCCUUCAGAAUUUCUUGAAGUGUAGCAACCAGGCACGCACCGGAAAUGCAGAAGUUCGUCGUGCACCUGCUGAGGAGCCAACUCCCGUUAUUAUUUAUCAGGACCCUUGGUUAAAUUUUUUGCAGUUGAUGAUCCUUACUGUACAGCGCGAUGCUACUGAUCUCUUCCAGAGUCUCCGUAGUACAUACGCUCAGAUGUACCGUGAACACAAAGGUUUCGAAGAGCUGCUCGAUGACAUUGGCAAUGUUUUCUUUGAUAUCCCCAAACCACGCAAGCAAUCCAACUCUCUCCAGGAUAUGCUGAGCAGUCUAUUUAAUGCCCCCUCUGCACCUGCCAUUUCUGCAGGUAGCUCAUCUGGCAUGGAACUUGAUUAAAGCCAUGUACACAAACACAAACACUUAUAAAUACAUAAAAUAAAUACAGUUGACAAAAGGCAUUUUUUUUGU